AACAAGGAUCAAAAUCUUACAAUUUGCUGCCUUGGGAGUCCUGGACCAGUCUGCGAUCGAACAUUGUGACAAUGCCAAUUCGGCAGCAUAUGAGUAUGACAGCCAUGGAAGGGAUGGCCGGCAUGGAUAUCUUUGCAGUGAUAAAACUGGAACUCUAACUGUGACAAAAGUCUUGUUGAGGUUUUUGCAAAAGGAGUGGAUGCUGAAACCGUUGUUUUGAUGAUCGCUCGAGCUUCAAUACUGGAAAAUCAAGAUGCAAUAGACACCGCUAUAGUUGUGACGCUAGCUGAUCCAAAGGAGGCACGUGCUGGUGUACAAGAAGUGCAUUUCCUUCCAUUAAAUCCUACCAAUAAGCGGACAUCAGUGACUUAUACUGAUCAAGAGGUUAAAAUACAUAGAGUGAGCAAAGGUGCACUAGAACAGACCCCAAACCUAGCGCACGAUGAGACCGACUUUGAGCGUAAGAGUUCGAAGCCAGAGCUAUCCUGCAUAAAUGAAGAAAAUACAAGCUUGAAUGAUAAGAUAUUGGGAUUUCCAAAAUAAAUAGAGUGAUAUUUGUCAAAAAACUUCAUCAAUAAAGGUUUCCUCACAUGAUCCUGCAACGUCAUGACAUCAUAUUAGGAUGACGUCACAUGAGCAAACCAUGCUAACUUUGUGAAAUGGUCCAUUCACUAGCCGGCACACCAAGAAACCAAGCCUGCAACAUCCCGUUGCCAAACCUACCAAUUCACAAUGCAAUUGUCAGUUGAACAUGGCACCAAAAUCAGGUUGUAGCAGGAAAUUAUUGCAAUCCUGUACCAGUUACAUUUCCUACCUUUUCACUUGAAUCACCACCAUUUUUCCAAGUGCAAAAGCGAUCUUUACUUCUUUAGCUUCCAUGCUUUCAAAAGGAAUCAAAAGUUGGCUUUGUUGUUUACCUCUUUCCGUUGAAAUUGAAAUCAAUAAUGCAAGAUUGUUGGCGAAGGAAAUCAAGGCGGAGGUCUUCCAUGUGGGACUUGUUGAAUUACUGAGAUUUGAACUGUGAUUGUUGUUGCUCCCAUUCCAGUGGUUUUGAUGCAAUUUGUUUGGUGAAAGCAAUAGCAAAUGUCACAAAAGUCAGUACCUAAAACAAAAAAAUCAAAAGAGAAACUCAACUCAAGUCUUUGAAAACAAGGAGUCAAGAAGUGUUUAAAUUGAGCAUUUCCAAAUACAUCAGUAAAAGUGAGUUUUGCCUAAAGGUAAAAACGGAUUUCCCAUCACGGCAUGUGAGCAUUUACAGCGGUAACAAACUCAUUGGCAAGUUCAAAAAAAUAAUGUUUCAAGGACUACAGACAAAAAUUCACCUGUUACCAACGGUGAUGUUUGGAGAUGGAAAGGAUUGAGGGAGGGACCACCGAGCUUGAAUAAGGACAAAAAAAAACUCCCAGCAUCCUCCGUAUGAAGCCUCCACUACUCUGAAAAACAAACACAGCAGAGAGGUCUGGUAUAAAAAGGGGUUACUAUUCACGAAACCCUAAUAACUUUGGGGAACAGCGAAAAUGGAGAAUCCAUAAAAAUCCAAGAGGUGACGAACCUUAGGAGAGGCAACGAAAUUGAUUCGGGCGAUUCUUGGGAGCUCAAGCAAAGUAGUUGAGGCGUCGAUUCCGAAAGAGGAAGAAGAGAGAGAACCACAUACUUGUCUAUUCACUUCUAAGGCAUACCGACGGUACCAUUAGUUGCUUAGAACUUGCUUUGCUUUGCUAUUUAGCAAUUUGCUUUGAGGUACAUUCCAGAGCUUGUCUACUGAUAGAGAUGACAACAGUCUCAGAGCCGAAGCGGAAGACCUGUUCCUACAGUUUCCAUCGUGAGCCGUUGACUUCACUGAUUGAGUUGGGUAGCUUUGUGACAGAUGAUCGUCUGAAGAGUUUCGUUGGACAAUAUGGAGAUAUCUUGACAGUGCUGAAGACAGUAGUGGAUCCGGUGCCUCUGCAGACACUACUACAGUUCUAUGAUCCAGAGCUCAGAUGCUUCACAUUUCAAGAUUAUCAGCUAGCACCUACUCUCGAGGAGUACUCUAUUCUGAUGAACGUCCCGGUUCAGCAUCAGACUCCCUUCUUGGACGUCCCAAAGGAGGUUGACUUCAGAUUGAUUGCCAGAGCUCUACGAAUGAGUGUCAAGGAAGUUGGUGAGAAUUGGAAGCCCUGUGGGGAAGUAGUGAGUCUGCCAUUGAAGUUUCUGUUGAGAGUAGCCAGAGAUGAAGCAGAAAAGGGAAAUUGGGAAGUUUUUCACGCACAGCUUGCCGCCUCGAUAUAUGGAAUCAUUAUAUUUCCCAGUAUGCCAAAUUUUGUUGAUCAUGCUGCCAUCAGCAUUUUUAUCAGAGGGAAUCCAGUCCCAAACCUUCUAGCUGAUACUUACUAUGCCAUCCACAGUAGGCAUGGUAAGGGUGGAGCCAUCAGGUGCUGCUUACCUCUCCUGUUCAGAUGGUUUAUGUCGCUGCUGCCUGUCAGUGGACCAUUUGUGGAUACCCAGAGCACUCUUAAGUGGACUCAGAGGGUCAUGUCGCUCACCUCCUACAACAUCAGAUGGCAGUCGUACCGGAUGGACGUGAAGGAUGUUAUCAUGAGUUGUGGUGAAUUCCGGAAUGUGCCACUCGUGGGGACCAAGGGUUGCAUCAAUUACAACCCAGUUCUUUCUCUUCGCCAGCUAGGGUUUGUCAUGAGUAGAAGGCCACUUGAAGCUGAGAUAGUUGAGAGUGUGUAUUUUGAGAAGCGUACUGACCCUGUUAGAUUGGAGCAGAUUGGGAGAGCCUGGAAAUUUGUUGAAGCGAAGGAUGGAUCCGUCUUAGGGAAGAAGUUUGCCAUUGCAAUGCCCGAUUACACCGAUUGGGUAAAGAAGAGAGUGGAAACUUUGCUGCUACCCUAUGAUAGGAUGGAGCCGUUGCAGAAGUAACCACCUUUGGUUCUUGCUGAUAGUGUGCCUGCUGAGCACUAUAAGCAAGCCUUGAUGGAGAGUCGUCGUCUGAGAGAGAAAGAGCAAGACGCUCAGAUGGAGUUGUACAAAGCUAAAGCUGAUAAGCUGCACUUGGCCCAUCAACUCAGGGAAGUACAAGGAGAAGAUGCUAGCAGAGCAAGAAGCAAGAAGAGAUCAUAUGAGGAGAUGGAAUCCAUGUUGGAUGCAGAGCAUAGGGAAUGUUUGAGACUACAGAGAGCAGAAGUCAACCAUCAGAAGAAGAUCAGAGACUUGGAGAAACAGCUCAAAGACAAAGACGUCCAGUUGAAGAAAGAGAUGGAGUUGAGACAGAAGUCAGAGGACUAUCUUGGAGGAGAAGUCUUGGAGCUCAGAAGACAGUUGAAAGAGAAGAUCACCCCUCUACCAGAAUGUUCAGAAUGCUCACUGUUGAUAGACCAGUGCCAUUACCUGAAGACUCUCAUUCCGGAAGACUGUCUGUCUUAGACUGUACCUCUGUUUGUAUUUGUUGAGAAUCACCUCCAGGCUUGUUGGAUGGGAUUCAUUUGUUUGUACUCCGUCUUUGGAUCUUUUUAUUGAGAAUCACCUCCAGGCUUGUUGGAUGGGAUUCUUUUCUUUGUACUCUGAGUAUUCGAAUACUUUGUUGACUCGGUUGUAUUGACCUUUUUACCCUUAUGUAUAGAUAAGGUUGUCAGCA